AUGGACAUGGACCAGACUCAACCCCCGACUCGUGAAGCCGGCCCACCUUUCGCGGAGCCUGAUGCCGAUCUCAUUCUUCGAACAUCCGACGGGGUCAACUUCCGUAUGCAUCGAUUGCUACUGGCCAAAUGCUCGCCAGUCUUUGCAGACAUCCUAUCUCUACCCGCACCACCUUCGACGGAACCCGCCCUCAUGGAGGUAGCCGAAACAGAGCGUGCCAUCCGGUUCUUACUCGACUACUGCUACUGGAGGUUACCCAACGUCCUACGCCCCAAAGAAGCCGCCGAGUUCGCACCUGACGCGCUCGAGGACCUUCAAAUUGCGUUACACCUGUCCGACAAGUACCACGUAGACGAGAUGCACGCACUCGCUAUACGAGCUCUGUCAACGCUCUCCCAAACAAAGCCGGUGCAAGUAUAUGCGAUAGCAUGGACACAACGCAAUAGACCCCUGCUUCUUCAGGCCGCACGCGCAUCCCUUUCCCAACCCUUCACGGAGGAUAUCCCAAAUAUCCCAGAGUUCGAGAACGUCCCUGGAACUGCAGUACUCCGACUUUUUCAGUACCAGCAGCAAUGCAAGAUUGCAGCCGUAAAGGCGGCCACCCACAGUGACUGGCUCGAUGACGAAAUCUUCCCUGGCGCAUACAUCGAGCCCGACUACGAGGACUGGGAUGGAACUUACGAGCAUAUUUGUUCGUCACCACUGGCCUGCCCAAAUGAAAAGGCCCGCAUGCAACUUUGGGCAAACGACGGUCGCUGGCAGUGGGCACUCCUGCCUUGGUUAUAUACGUACUUCACAUCGGCACGGGGCGCACUUCGAAAAUGCGCCCGGGGAAGUUCAGUCGAAGCGUACGACGUUAUGUACCCGGCACUGAAAGCAGCAUCGGUCGAGUUGGAGUGCAUCAGUAACAGCUGUGCAGAACAAGCGUUGAGAGUGGUUCCAAGAAUGGCAAAGUUACUCUCUGCCCAAGUCGAGAAGGUUAUCGACGAGGUGCAUCUGGAAACACCGUUCUAG